CCACAGUUCCCGCUGCCCAGCUACCAGGUGUCGGUGCCCGAGAACGAGCCGGCCGGCACCGCGGUCAUCGAGCUGCGCGCGCACGACCCGGACGAGGGCGAGGCGGGGCGCCUGAGCUACCAGAUGGAGGCGCUGUUCGACGAGCGCUCCAAUGGCUUCUUCCUCAUCGAUACCGACUCUGGAACGGUGAGCACCGCCCGCCCGCUGGACCGCGAGACCAAGGACACGCACGUGCUCAAGGUGAGCGCCGUGGACCACGGCUCGCCGCGGCGCUCGGCCGCCACCUACCUCACGGUCACAGUCAGUGACACCAACGACCACAGUCCGGUCUUCGAGCAGUCCGAGUACCGGGAGCGUGUGCGUGAGAACCUCGAGGUGGGCUACGAGGUGCUGACCAUUCGCGCCACCGAUGGCGACGCGCCCUCUAACGCCAAUAUGCGCUACCGCCUGCUGGAGGGCGCAGGCGGCGUCUUCGAGAUUGACGCGCGCUCGGGCGUGGUGCGCACGCGGGCGGCGGUGGACCGGGAGGAGGCGGCCGCGUACCAGCUGCUGGUGGAGGCCAAUGACCAAGGUCGCAACCCGGGCCCGCUGAGCGCCACGGCCACCGUGCACAUCGUGGUGGAGGACGAAAACGACAACUACCCCCAGUUCAGCGAGAAGCGCUAUGUGGUUCAGGUGCCCGAGGACGUGGCGGUCAACACAGCCGUGCUGCGCGUGCAGGCCACGGAUCGGGACCAAGGCCAGAACGCGGCCAUCCACUACAGCAUCGUCAGCGGGAACCUCAAGGGGCAGUUCUACUUGCAUUCGCUGAGCGGGAGCCUGGACGUCAUCAACCCGCUGGACUUCGAGGCCAUCCGGGAGUACACGCUGCGCAUCAAGGCCCAGGACGCGGGCCGGCCUCCGCUCAUCAACUCGUCGGGGCUGGUCUCCGUGCAGGUGCUGGACGUGAACGACAACGCCCCGCUAUUCGUGAGCAGCCCCUUCCAGGCGGCUGUGCUGGAGAACGUCCCCCUGGGUCACUCCGUGCUGCACAUCCAGGCGGUGGACGCGGACGCCGGGGAGAAUUCGCGCCUGCGCUAUCACCUGGUGGACACGGGGGCGGCCUCCGUGGGGGGUACGGGUGCCGGGUCCCAGGAGGACCCCGCCUCGGCCGCCAGCUUCCCUUUCCAGAUCCACAACAGCUCGGGCUGGAUCACCGUGUGCGCAGAGCUGGACCGCGAGCAGGUGGAGCACUACAGUUUCGGGGUGGAGGCGGUGGACCACGGCUCGCCGCCCAUGAGCUCCUCGGCCAGUGUGUCCAUCACGGUGCUGGACGUUAACGACAACGACCCCAUCUUCACGCAGCCGGUGUACGAGCUGCGCCUCAACGAGGACGCGGCGGUGGGGAGCAGCGUGCUGACCCUACGGGCCCACGACCGCGACGCCAACAGUGUGAUCACCUAUCAGCUCACCGGUGGCAACACGCGCAACCGCUUCGCCCUCAGCAGCCAGAGCGGCGGCGGCCUCAUCACCCUGGCGCUGCCGCUGGACUACAAGCAGGAGCGGCAGUACGUGCUGGCGGUGACGGCGUCCGACGGGACGCGCUCCCACACGGCUCAGGUCUUCAUCAACGUCACUGACGCCAACACGCACCGGCCGGUCUUCCAGAGCUCCCACUAUACGGUGAGCGUCAGCGAGGACCGGCCCCUGGGCACCUCCAUUGCCACCAUCAGCGCCAGCGACGAGGACACGGGCGAGAACGCGCGAAUCACUUACGUGCUGGAGGACCCCGUGCCGCAGUUCCGCAUCGACCCGGACUCGGGCACCGUCUACACCAUGACAGAGCUGGACUAUGAGGACCAGGCCGCCUACACGCUGGCGAUCACUGCCCGGGACAACGGCAUCCCUCAGAAGUCCGACACCACCUCCCUGGAGAUCCUCAUCCUGGAUGCCAACGACAACGCCCCGCGGUUCCUGCGGGAUUUCUACCAGGGCUCCGUCUUCGAGGACGCGCCAGCGGCCACCAGCGUCCUCCAGGUCUCUGCCACCGACCGGGACUCCGGCCCCAACGGCCGCCUGCUCUACACUUUCCAGGGUGGGGACGAUGGCGAUGGGGACUUCUACGUUGAGCCCACGUCGGGCGUGAUCCGCACCCAGCGCAGGCUGGACCGAGAGAACGUGGCCGUGUACAACCUUCGGGCCCUGGCCGUGGACCGGGGGAGCCCAGCGCCCCUCAGCGCCUCGGUGGACAUCCAGGUGACCGUUUUGGACAUCAAUGACAACCCCCCAGUGUUUGAGAGGGACGAGCUGGAGCUGUUCGUGGAGGAGAACAGCCCGGUGGGGUCCGUGGUGGCGAGGAUUCGCGCCAACGACCCUGACGAAGGCCCCAACGCCCAGAUCAUGUAUCAGAUCGUGGAGGGCAACGUGCCCGAGGUCUUCCAGCUGGACCUGCUGAGCGGGGACCUGCGAGCACUGGUGGAGCUGGACUUCGAGGUCCAGCGGGAGUACAUGCUGCUGGUGCAGGCCACAUCUGCGCCCCUGGUCAGCCGCGCCACGGUGCACGUCCGCCUCCUGGACCAGAACGACAACCCGCCCGUGCUGCCGGACUUCCAGAUCCUCUUCAACAACUACGUCACCAACAAGUCCAGCAGCUUCCCCGCCGGCGUGAUCGGCCGCGUCCCGGCCCACGACCCAGACCUCUCCGACAGCCUCAGCUACACCUUCCUGCAGGGCAACGAGCUGCAGCUGCUGCUCCUGGACCCCGCCACCGGCGAGCUGCAGCUCAGCCGGGACCUGGACAACAACCGGCCGCUGGAGGCGCUCAUGGAGGUGGCCGUCUCUGACGGCGUCCACAGCGUCACGGCGCUCUGCACCCUGCGGGUCACCAUCAUCACCGACGACAUGCUGACCAACAGCAUCACCGUGCGCCUGGAGAACAUGUCGCAGGAGAGGUUCCUGUCCCCGCUGCUGUCCCUCUUCGUGGAGGGGGUGGCCACGGUGCUGUCCACCAGCAAGGACGACGUCUUCGUCUUCAACAUCCAGAACGACACGGACGUCAGCGCCAGCAUCCUGAACGUGAGCUUCUCGGCGCUGCUGCCCGGCGCGCGGGGCCGGUUCUUCGCGUCGGAGGACCUGCAGGAGCACAUCUACCUGAACCGGACGCUGCUGACGGCCGUGUCCGCGCAGCGCGUGCUGCCCUUCGACGACAACAUCUGCCUGCGGGAGCCGUGCGAGAACUACAUGAAGUGCGUGUCGGUGCUGCGCUUCGACUCCUCCGCGCCCUUCCUCAGCUCCGGCGCCGUGCUCUUCCGGCCCAUCCACCCCGUGCACGGCCUGCGCUGCCGCUGCCCGCCCGGCUUCACGGGCGACUACUGCGAGACCGAGAUCGACCUCUGCUACUCCGGCCCGUGCGGCGCCCACGGCCGCUGCCGCAGCCGCGAGGGCGGCUACACCUGCGAGUGUGCGCAGGGCUUCACCGGAGAGCACUGUGAGGUGAGCACACGCUCGGGCCGCUGUGCCGACGGCGUGUGCAGGAACGGGGGCACCUGCGUGAACCUGCUCGUCGGCGGCUUCCGCUGCGUGUGCCCCCCCGGCGAGUUCGAGAGGCCCUACUGCGAGGUGACCGCCAGGAGCUUCCCGCCGCAGUCCUUCGUCACCUUCCGAGGCCUGAGGCAGCGUUUCCACUUCACCGUGUCCCUCACGUUCGCCACGCAGGAGAGGAACGCCCUGCUGCUCUACAACGGCCGCUUCAACGAGAAGCACGACUUCAUCGCCCUGGAGAUCGUGGACGAGCAGGUGCAGCUCACCUUCUCGGCAGGCGAGACCACGACAGCGGUGGCACCGCAGGUUCCCGGGGGCGUGAGUGACGGGCGCUGGCACUCGGUGAGGGUGCAGUAUUACAACAAGCCCAACAUCGGCCGCCUGGGCCUGCCCCACGGGCCGUCCGGAGAGAAGGUGGCCGUGGUGACGUUGGACGACUGUGACACGGCCGUGGCCGUACGCUUCGGCAGCCUCGUCGGGAACUACAGCUGUGCGGCUCAGGGCACUCAGAGUGGCUCCAAGAAGUCCCUGGAUCUGACGGGCCCUCUGCUCCUGGGGGGCGUCCCCAACCUGCCCGAAGACUUCCCAGUGCACAGCCGGCAGUUCGUGGGCUGCAUGCGCAACCUGUCCAUCGACGGCAGGGACGUGGACAUGGCCAGCUUCAUCGCCAACAACGGCACCAGGGCAGGCUGUGCCGCCCAGAGGGACUUCUGUGAGGGGGCCUGGUGUCAGAACGGCGGCACGUGCGUCAGCAGGUGGAGCACACAUCUCUGCGAGUGCCCGCUCCGGUUCGGCGGCAAGAACUGUGAGCACGUCUCCGUGCCCUGGUACCUGGGGCUCAUGUUCCGGACCAGGAAGGCAGACGGCGUGCUGAUGGAGGCCACGGCGGGCGUGUCCUCCAGGCUCCACCUCCAGAUUCUAAACAACUACAUUCAGUUUGAGGUGUCCCAUGGGCCCUCAGAUGUGGCGUCCAUAAAGCUGUCCAGGUCGCGUGUGACUGACGGGGAGUGGCACCAUCUAUUGAUAGAACUGAAGAGCGCCAAGGAGGGCAAAGACAUCAAGUACCUGGCAGUCAUGACCUUGGACUAUGGGAUGGACCAGGACACGGUGCAGAUCGGGAACCAGCUUCCGGGAUUGAAGAUGAGAAGUCUCGUGGUGGGGGGCGUGUCCGAAGACAAGGUCUCCGUGCGCCGCGGUUUCCGGGGCUGCAUGCAGGGAGUGAGGAUGGGGGAGACGUCCACAAACAUCGCCACGCUGAACAUGGACGAUGCCCUCAAGGUCAGGGUGAAGGACGGCUGUGACGUGGAAGACCCAUGCGCCUCCAGCCCCUGCCCGCAGCACAGCCGCUGCCUCGACGCCUGGGACACUUACACCUGCGUCUGCGACAAAGGGUACUUUGGAAGGAACUGCGUGGACGUCUGCCACCUGAACCCCUGCGAGCACGUGGCGACCUGCGUGCACAGCCCCAGCGCCCCGCGUGGCUACGUGUGUGAGUGCGGCCCCAGCCGCUACGGGCCGUACUGUGAGAGCAGGAUCAACCUUCCGUGCCCCAAAGGCUGGUGGGGGAACCCCGUGUGUGGGCCUUGCCACUGUGCUGUCAGCAAAGGCUUCGAUCCCGACUGCAACAAGACCACCGGGCAGUGCCAGUGCAAGGAGAAUCACUACAGGCCCCCCGACACGGACGCCUGCCUGCCCUGUGACUGCUUCCCGCAAGGCUCCCACAGCCGCACCUGUGACGCAGACACCGGGCAGUGUGCCUGCAAGCCCGGCGUCAUCGGCCGCCAGUGCAACCGCUGUGACAACCCCUUCGCCGAAGUCACCACACUCGGCUGCGAAGUGACCUACAGCGGGUGUCCCAGGGUGUUUGAAGCUGGCAUCUGGUGGCCGCAGACCCAGUUCGGGCAGCCGGCCGCGGUGCCGUGUCCCAAGGGAUCCGUGGGCAACGCGGUCCGCCACUGCGGCGGGGAGAAGGGCUGGCUGCCUCCCGAGCUCUUCAACUGCACCAGCGUCGCCUUCCUGCAGCUCAAAGCCAUGAACGAGAAACUGAGCCGCAACGAGUCGCGGAUGGACGGGGACGGGUCCCUGCGGCUGGCCCGGGCGCUGCACAACGCCACGCGGCACACGGGCGUGCUCUUCGGCGACGACCUGCGCACCGCCUACCAGCUGCUGGCCCGCGUCCUGCAGCACGAGAGCCGCCAGCAGGGCUUCGAGCUGGCGGCCACGCAGGACGCCAACUUCCACGAGGACAUCGUCCGUGUGGGCAGCGCGCUCCUGGCCCCAGGCACCAGGGCUGCGUGGGAGCAUAUCCAGCGGAGCGAGGGAGGCACGGCCCGGCUGCUCCGGGGCUUCGAGGCCUACUUCAGCAACGUGGCACGCAACGUGCGCAGAACCUACCUGAGGCCUUUCGUCAUCGUCACUGCCAACAUGAUCCUCGCCCUGGACGUCUUCGACACGUUUAACUUCACGGGAGCCUGGGUGCCACGGCUCGAGGACAUCCGUGAAGACUUCCCGAAGGAGCUGGCGUCCUCUGCCUUCUUCCCAGCCGACUUCUUCACACUGCCCGAGAGAAGAGGCCGGAGGGCCGCCCCGCAGACUGCACGUCCGGGGCCCGGCGCCGAGACGGAGGCCCCCCCGUUCAGGAGGCAGAAGAGGCACCCCGAGGAGCCUGGCCAGUUCGCCGUCGCCCUGGUCAUUGUCUACCGGACCCUGGGACAGCUGCUGCCCGAGCUCUAUGACCCUGACCGCCGUAGCCUCCGGCUGCCGAACCGGCCCGUCCUUAACACACCGGUGGUGAGCACGACGGUGCACAGCGAGGGCGCCCCGCUCCCCGGCCCGCUGGAGCGGCCCGUCCUGGUGCAGCUCGCCCUGCUGGAGACGGAGGAGCGCUCCAAGCCGGCCUGCGUCUUCUGGAACCACUCCAUCACCGCCGGUGGGACUGGAGGCUGGUCGGCCAAGGGCUGCGAGCUGCUGUCCAGAAACCGGACCCACGUGGCCUGUCAAUGCAGCCACACGGCCAGCUUCGCCGUGCUCAUGGACGUCUCCAGGCGUGAGCACGGAGAGGUCCUGCCCCUGAAGACCGUCACCUACGCCGCCGUGUCCGUGUCCCUGGCCGCGCUGGGGGCGGCCUGCGUGCUCCUGGCGCUGGUGCGGACGCUGCGCUCCAACCUGCACAGCACGCACCGGCACCUCGCAGGGGCGCUGCUCUCCUCCCAGCUGGUCUUCGUGCUCGGGGUGGCCCAGACGGGGAACCCGUUCCUGUGCACGGUGGUGGCCAUCACGCUGCACUACGUCCACAUGAGUGUCUUCGCCUGGACCUUCGUGGAGAGUCUGCACGUCUACCGCAUGCUGACGGAGGCUCGCAACGUCGACGCGGGGCCCAUGCGGUUCUACUAUGUCAUGGGCUGGGGCAUCCCGGCCAUUGUCACAGGACUCGCGGUGGGCCUGGACCCCCAGGGCUACGGAAACCCUGACUUCUGCUGGCUGUCCCUGCAAGACACCCUGAUCUGGAGCUUUGUUGGGCCCAUCGGAAUAGUUAUCAUUGUCAAUACAGUUAUUUUCGUUCUGUCUGUGAGAGUUUCCUGCCAAAGAAAGCACCGUCACUAUGAAAGAAAGGGGACCGCCUCCCUGCUGAGGACGGCCUUCCUCCUGCUGCUGCUCGUCAGCGCCACCUGGCUGCUGGGGCUGCUGGCCGUGAACAGCGACGCGCUGGCCUUCCACUACCUCUUCGCCGUCUUCAGCUGCUUACAGGGCCUCUUCGUCCUCUUGUUCCAUUGCGUGCUCAACAGGGAGGUCCGGAAGCACCUCAAGGGAGUCUUUAUCGGGAAAAAGCCACACCCGGACGAGUCGGCCACCACAAGGGCCACCCUGCUGACGCGCUCCCUCAACUGCAACACUGCCUGCAGCGAGGAGCCGGACAUGCUGCGCACGGCCCUGGGCGAGUCCACCGCGUCCCUGGACAGCACCGUCAGGGACGAAGGGGGCCAAAAGCUCAGCAUGUCCUCUGGGCCAGCUCGGGGCGGCCACGGGGAGCCAGAUCUGCCCUUCGUGCCCAAGAGCACCAAGAAGCCCCACGGCCACGACUCGGACUCCGACAGUGAGCUGUCCUUGGAUGAGCAGAGCAGUUCUUAUGCCUCCUCACACUCGUCCGACAGUGAGGACGAUGGUUUGGAAGCUGAAGACAAGUGGGACCCGGCCCGGGGCCCUGUCCACAGCACCCCCAAAGACCCUGUGGCCAACCACAUCCCCGCCGGUUGGCCCAAGGAGAGCCCGGCUGGGAGCGACAGUGAGGAGCCGGGCGAGAAGCCGUGCCUGAGGGUGGAGACCAAGGUCAGCGUGGAGCUGCACCUGGACCAGCAGGGCGACCACUGCAGCCAGCGCCCCCCAGACGGGGAGCGCGGGGGCCAGCCCAGGCCUGCGGGUGCUCCCCCCACCCAGCCCCCGGAGCAGAGAAAAGGCAUCUUGAAAAACAAAGUCACCUACCCACCGCCGCUGACAGAGAAGACCCUCAAGUCCCGGCUCCGGGAGAAGCUGGCGGGGUGCGAGCAGAGCCCUGUGUCGUCACGCUCGUCCUCCCUGGGCUCCAGCGACGGGGUCCGUGGCACCGACAGCGCCAUCACCGUCAAGAACCUGCGCCGGGACCAGGGGCGCGAGCACCUCAACGGGGUGGCCAUGAACGUGCGCACCGGGAGCGCUCAGGCCCACGGCUCCGACUCCGAGGUAGCUGUGUCCACCCAGGAGCUUGCGCUCCCUGGAGCUCCCGGGCACCCCUGUCCCCUGAGUGGGGGGGUUCUGCCCCUCGUAACCUAGGACCCAGCCCAGCAGCUGGCUGCAGGGACAGUGGGGUCUGUCUUUGCUGACUCUCCAUCUGCCUGGUGGCUUCUUC